CGCUGCGGGGCAGCCGCCGGCCCGCGGCGGCGGUGGCUGCGGCGGGGCACGAUGAACAGCUCCGACGAGGAGAAGCAGCUGGAGCGCCUCGCCAGCCUCAAGGACCAAGCUGUUGGUGAAUAUGAAGAGCUUAGAGCAGAAAAUAAGAAAACGAAAGAAGAGUGUGACAAAAUCAAGCAAGAACGAGAUGAGGCUGUCAAAAAACUGGAGGAGUUUCAGAAAAUUUCUCACAUGGUUAUUGAGGAAGUAAAUUGUAUUCAGAACCAUCUUGAAAUUGAGAAGACGUGCCGUGAAAGUGCUGAGGCUUUGGCUUCUAAGCUGAACAAAGAAAAUAAGACCUUGAAAAGAAUUAGUAUGAUUUAUAUGGCAAAACUGGGCCCAGAAAUUAUCACUGAAGAGAUUAACAUUGAUGAAGAUGAAUCAUCCACAGAUGCGGAAACUAGCUCUGGGUCAUGCAAUUCUGUGCAUUGUCAGCAGCAAAUAAAAGAGCUGCGAGAUCAAGUCGUGUCUGUUCAUGAGGAAAAGAAGACCUUAGCCAUUGAACUGGAAAACCUGAGGUGCAAACUUGUAGAAGUAAUUGAAGAAGUGAAUAAAUUGAAAGAAGAAAAGGCUGUUUUGACAACGGAAGUUGAUAAGCAACAAAAACUGUUGGAGAAAUGUAACAGAGUGUCUGUGAUGGCAGUAGAGGAAUAUGAAGAGCUCCGUGUAAACUUUGAACUGGAAAAGAACCUGCGGAAGACAGCAGAGUCAUUUGCACAAGAGAUGUUUAUUGAACAGAACAAGAUGAAAAGGCAGAGUCAGUUGCUUCUGCAAAAUUCUGCUCCUGAUCAACAGCUUUUGAAGGCUUUGGAUGACAAUGCUAAGCUAACCCAGACAUUAGAAGAAGAGAGGCUUCAACACCAGCAAAAGAUCAAAGAAUUGGAAGAGCAGCUAGAGAAUCAAGCACUGCAUAAGGAGAUUAGUCGUCUUAAACAGCAACUAGAACUUUUGGAAGAAGAUAAAAAGGAACUAGAGCUUAAAUGUCAGCACUCCGAAGAAAAAGCUAGAGACCUAAAGCAUUCAGUUGAUGAACUUCAAAAACGAGUACAGCAGUCUGAAAAUCCUGCACCACCUCCUCCUCCACCGCCCCCUCCUCCCCUCCCUCCGCCCCCCCCUCCCAACCCUAUACGGUCUCUCAUGUCAAUGAUUCGCAAGAGAUCUCACUCCAACACCAAUGUGAGCAAGAAGGAGAAACCUCCUCAGCAGGAGUCAGGUGAAGAAGUUACAGAUCUGAAGAGACAAGCUGUUGAAGAAAUGAUGGACAGAAUUAAAAAGGGAGUUCACCUGAGACCAGUCAACCAGUCAAGCAGGCCUAAAACAAAGCCAGAAACACCAAAGCCCUCUGAAAGUGCAAUGAAGGAAUUAAAGGGGAUUCUGGAAACACUGAAUAAAUCCACUAGUUCUCGAAGCUUGAAGUCCCUUGAGACAGAGAGCGGUGAAACGGAGCUGGAGCGAGUGCUGCGCCGCCGCAAGGUGACCACUGACCAGGACAGUGGCAGUCCCACUGGAAUCUUGGCCACAUCAGAAUCAAAAUCUCUGCCUGUGCUAGGUUCAGGAGCCAGUGCUGCACAGACAGCGUUGAACAAGAAAGGUGUGGAGACAGAAUUCGCUUCCAAAGUACCCAACUCAGGACCUGUCUCUAACCAGCCUCAGGCUGCAACGGGCUCCAGGCCUACUUUGCAAUCAACUAGUCAUACAGAAUUUACAAGAAAAGCUUCUAGCAGUGAAAAAGACACCAAAUCCGUUGUAGUUUUAGAUCCUGUGUCCACCAGUGGGGAUCAGAUGUCUGAAAACACGCUGAACCAGAACGAAAUUAAGGAAGAAAAAAGCAAGCCAACACAUAAAGAAAAUAAUGUUGAGAAAACAAAAGAAACAGAUAGUUCUAACUGUUAAUUGUUAUUCUGAAAGGCUGUAACUUUUGGGAAUCAUUAUCUGGACAUGUGAAUUGCUUAGGUGUGUUACUCGGGGCUACAGCCUGUACUCCAGACAGUUUUCAAUAAUACAGAUUGAAAUGGUCUUUUUGUAUGCAGUUUUGUUACAUGCACUGAAGUGUUAAAUAACUGUGUGUCACUCAAAAUCCCUUUCCCAUUUUAAUUUUGCAGGGAAGGUUAUUAAUUUCCUAGAUAGUGUCAGUUACCUUUACUUUUAAAAUGUAUUUGAAAAGGCUUUUUAAAUUCUUCUUUUAUUGAGAAGAUGCCUUGUUAAAGGUUGCCAGAAGCCCCUUGCAUCCCUCUUGAACUGGACAGCUUUGGGUUAGACCCUGUGAAGGUGAUUACACCCUCAUCAGCUUCAUUAUGGGGGUGUUACUAAUUAUUAGAAAAAACAAACCAAUGUGUUUAGACACAUUGCUUUAAAAAUAUUUGAUAUCUACUUAAACCAAGAUCCUGCUGGUCUCCUCCACACAUUCCUUUGAGGAAGUGAAAAGCACAAGCACAACCCCCCUGUUUCAGGUUGCCCAGAAACCAAAAAGCAGAGGCAGUGCAGCAUCUCAUUGUGGGACCAAGACUUUUGGCAACAAUAGCCAGAGUCAGAGGUUUGUGGGCUGAGACUGGUGCUCUCAUUUGGAUUAAAAGCUUUGCAAAGGAGGACUUCUUCCUGCUUUUUGUUUCAAUGUCAUAUGGCAAAUUUUGGAACUGCUGCAACUGGAGUCUGUAUUUGCUGCAAAAAAAUAACUUGCCCUAGGCUAUGGCUGGCACGGGCUACAUUUGGGAUUCAGUCGUAAUAUUUGGAAUCAACAUUUUGAGAACUCUCAGUUGAAAGCUCCCAGUGCUAACAAAUUAGCCCCUGCUUUGAACCUGGCACACACUGAUGGCAAUAAUUUAUUAGGUGACACUCGAGAUAUCUGUAUUUGAUAACAGAAAUCCCAGUUUCCCUCAGCCCUUAUUUCCUAUGAAGACAGUGAGAUAGGAACAUGAUUGAUUUGCUCCACUGCCAGUUCACAUUCCACUGUAGUCUCUUUUUAAAUUCAACACAGUAUCUCAUUCUUUUAUAAUGAAUGAACAAAUGUAAUCAGGGAUUUACCUAAAGAUUGGUGUAACUGGAAUUGGGUGGUCACGUACUUGAAUGCACUUGGAUUCUUUUUUUAUUUAAUUAUUUGAAACAGUGAUAGUAUUGAAGGAUGAAUGUUCUGAGUUUGUUGGUUUGGCUCUGCAUGCAACUGUCUGGUGCUUUUCCUAAAAAUAAAAUGAUAGUAAUGAG